AUGGCAAAGCUCCUUAUCACCUCUCAUCUGGCCCAUUUGUAUCAUCCAUGGCUCUUAUUGCAGAUCACCGGCCCACUGAUCCGUGUGGUGUCCGAUCGAUUUGCCUGGCAAGUGAAGGCGGCUAUCAUUGACACACUCAUGCUGCUGCUGAAGAAGUCGUCGGUGCAGCUAAAGGCCUUCUUACCACAGCUCCAGACGACGUUCCUGAAGGCACUUGCGGAUCACCAUGAGGUAGUACGGGGCAAGGCAGCCAAGGCCUUCCUACCCAUGGCCGCUGUACACAACCGCAUAGACGCACUGGUCAUUGAGCUGUGCAACGGUGUGGCAGACGGUGAGGAGCCCACGCGGUCGGCUAUGCUACAGGCUUUGGCCAACACUAUUCGUGGGGGUGCUUCUAAAUUUGCUGAGAAAUCUACAACACUCGCGCUCGGAAUACUACAAGACAUCUGGGAUGACGACAAAGAAGAAGUGCGAACGCUGGCGGCCACCUGUGUGGGAUGUCUGGGCACUUCGAUGGACGACGAUGUGCUCAACAAUCUACUGGACAAUGAGGUGCUGGCCCCCCCCACAUCAGCCAACGAACAACAGCGCAAUCUAUGUACCCUCUCUGCUGCCCUAUCCCCUACCACUGGGUGUGUGGCGCGUGUGUGGUCCAGCGACCGACAGUUGCCCAUUGAAAGAGAGGUUGUCCGGGGACUCAGCAGUAAGAAUGGCGAUACCGCCUGCGCUGCGUUACAGGCGUGUGGCAAUCUGCUGACUUACCUGACCGCCGAGGAAGGACAUACGUCACAGAGCCUGCCACAGAGUAUCCUGCCAGCAUUUGUGACAGCCAUCCAAGGUCCCCAGAGUGACCAGAGGCACAGGGGGUGCCAGGUGGUGGCUGACUUAGCCAAGAGGUCACCUGCCUUCACGGACGAGAAGCCCGUGCAGACACUGGUCUUACCCGCUUUAUUAACGGUUGCGAAGGAGAAGCAGCACAUGUACGUCAAGCGCGCAGCCGAGCGAGCGCUGGUGCACUGUUUGCAUCUGCGAGACGGCACGUGGGGCGUUGACAUGGCCGUGUCCAAUAUGACGGGCCCUGCCGCCAGCGUGCUCAAGGACUAUGCCGAUCGAGUACUUGGACAGGUCGCCGAUUUGACAGACGAUGAGGAGUAGAACAGAUACUUUAAAACGCAAAAAAUAACACCCACCCCCCCACACACACACAUCUGCCGGGCCGGGCCCUAAGUGAAUAAACUAGACUUUGGAUCAAGUGCA